UGUAACCUUUAUUGCGAAACUCAUAAUAAUAACAACCGUCUUUGUUAAACCAAAUUGUUUUUCAUACUUAUGAGCGCAGCAAAGUAGGAAGACAACAAUACCACUUUGCGUCAAUUACUUUUUUAGCAAGUGUGGUCUAACCCACAAGUAGCCCUAAUACUAGUAUUUCUGACGAAUUUUAUAGCAGGGUCAAAAUGUCGUCGUCGGACUCAUCAGAUGGCAGUGUCAACCGAAAUGCGAGGAAACUGGUGAAAAGACAUACCAUGCGGUUAGAGGACGAUGGUACUACGGGAGAAAAUCCAGAAUCUUUACCGGGGACUUCGAGCAGAAAAGAGCCUGCCGUCGCAAGCGAAGUAGACACCCCACAUCAGAAGCCUCUGAAAAGGGUGCGAACGUUGUCGAGUUCCAGUGACGAGAACAUCGAACAGACCGAAUCGCCAAACGAAAAUGAUGUCCUCAAGAAAAAGAGGAUUAGGCACAAUGCCUCGUCCCCAUUGACGCCAUCUAACCAGAAAACUAGUUCACAGUGUGGUGAUAGUAGCGAUGGAAGUCUUGAUGAAAAACUCAAAAACUUCCAGCGGAUGCCUCACCGCCGGAAACCAAAGAUGUCCUCACCACUGAAACCCGUCAUGCCAAAUGGCUAUAGUUUGGAAGACGAAUCUGAAGAUGCCCAUUCCACCGAAGAGAAGUCAACUAAGACCAAGGGGUAUCCAAAAUACAUGCACGAUGAGCUCAUACCACACCUCAAGGAGCGUAGCAAAGAAAAAAUAAAUAAUCGAGAAGUUUUUAGUGAGUGGAAGCUCAUCGGUGUAGAAGAUAUUGGUUGGCCUUCUGAAUCUUGCCCUUGUGGGAAACAGGGAAUUCGAUAUCUUUUUCAUAUUUUGAACAUACGUACAAAUUAUAGGACAUUUGUCGGAUCGAGAUGUAUCACGCAAUUUGGCGAAAGUGUGAAGACGCUUGCAAAAAUUGCUAAGAAAUUGCUUCGGGAAGGCACAAAAGCUCGUCUCCUCGGUAAGAACCCAGACGGCACAGCAAGGUUUAAACUCACCCCCACCUUGUCACUCGUUCAGGAGCGACGCAAAUUUGUCAAAGAUUUCAACUCGAUCCCAGUUCAGAUGGAAGGAACGGAUGAAAACCCAGUAUAUGUUUUGACAGCAGACCUAACUGAUCCCAACAUGACAGAAGGUCAAGACUACCACAUAUGGGUUGAAUUAAAUACAAAUGAGACCAACGACUUGAAGGCAAAAGUUGUUAAAGAUAAUGAAACAAAACAAAAGGACCGCACCCCAAAGGAUGUGAAAAAUUUAUUUAGAAUAUGAACGUACAGAAAAAA